AUGUCUGAACAAAUUCCAUCCAACAUUGACUCCAACGAGCUUCCUGUUCCACCUAUACCUCAACAACUUGACAUUAGCAUCGAUAAUCCUCCAGAGCCUGAUAACGCUUCAAUUCGUGCUGAAAGAGGAUCCCCCACACCAUCAUCUGUAACGGUUGACAACGCACCUUCUCUACCUUCUUCUAAUUUGCCACUUGCUGAUUUAUUCAGCGAUAUUCCGGAAGUUCCUGUUCCAUCUUCAUCUGCACUCUCAAUUUCCAGUCAAGCGUUAUCCGAUCCAACACCUGCUGUUCCAGACACAGUUCGAAGCAACGGUAGAAACAGCCUACAAUCCACAGAGCUCGUUUCCACAUCUAGUCACCCAGUUGAUCCACAAGAGCCCAACGAAAUCAAUCUCGAUUAUCUAGCCCAAUUGCUAGAUCUUGGAUUCGACGAGUUUACUGGGCGACUUGCUUUGAAAAGAACAAGCAACAUCGGUGUUGAGCAGGCAGUUUCGUGGAUUGUUGAAAGAUCAAACGAGAGCGACUUUGAAGACGACUCGAGCUCUAGUGAGAACGAAAACGAAAGUGAUAUGGGUGGAGCACAGUCUUCAGGCAGCCGAACUCACAAAAUGGUUCUUGUUGCAAACAUGAGCUUGAAAAUGGGCGUUGGCAAACUUGCUGCCCAGGUCGGGCAUGCUACGCUUGGAGUCUACAGACAAGCUAUGAAUUCGGAAGCUGGUCAAACAGCCAUUAAUGCCUGGACCCGGCACGGACAGGUAAAAAUCGUGGUUCGCGGUCAGAGUACUGAACAGUUAAUGGAUCUUUGUAAGGCUGCUAAAGACGCGGGAUGCUAUUAUUAUCUGGUCCAGGAUGCUGGUUACACCCAGAUUCCUCCGGGAUCUCGAACUGUCCUUGGGGUUUUCGGAACCGUGGAGCAAGUCGACUCAGUUACUGGCGGUCUGAAGUUGCUUUGA